UUUACUCCCAGAGCCUGUGGUCCUCAGCCCGCUUGUGGUUGAGGUUGCGCUGCAGAGAGGGUCACUCCCCCAAGGUCUGACUGUGACCUCUGCCCAGAAAAGACCAAAGAACGCGCUCUUCGGGCAGACCUGGAAUUCACCAGCUUCCAACAACUAGUCUUGGACCAAGAGUUUUGGAGUUCUAAACAAGUGAGCGGCCCCAGAAGGACAGGGCCGGGUGACAGGCCAUUGGGCUCGCCAUGGCUGCGCCCGCCCGCCGUCUGUGCCAUGUCGCUUUCCAUGUCCCAACUGGGCAGCCCCUAGCGAAGGACCUACACCGCCUCUUCGGCUUCCAGCCUCUGGCUGUGCGGGAAACAGGUGGGUGGAAACAGCUGGCUCUGCGCAGCGGAGAUGCAGUCUUUCUAGUGAACGAAGGCUCGGGCCCGGGGGAGCCACUGUACGGCCUGGAUCCGCAUCACACGGUGGCCAGCGCCACGAACCUGUGCUUCGAUGUGGAGGAUGUGGACGGCGCCGCCCGGGCGCUGGCGGCACGGGGCUGCGCCGUGCCGGUACCACCCACUAGCGUGAAGGAUGCACAGGGCACAGCCAUCUACACAGUGGUCAACUCUCCGGCUGGUAAUCUUAGCUUUACAUUGCUGCAGCGUGCUGGCUAUCGCGGAUCCUUCCUGCCCGGAUUCAGACGGCUACCUUGCACACCUGGCCCCUGCUGGGUCAGCCACGUGGACCACUUGACCUUGGCCUGCACCUCUGGCAGCUCCCCUACACUUAGGCGCUGGUUCCAAGACUGCCUUGGGUUUUGCCACUUGCCGCUGAGCCCAGGUGAAGAUCCGGAGCUGGGCCUCAUGGUGUCUGCAGGGCCUGGGCGAGGGGGACUAAGGCUUACUGCCCUGCAGAUCCCUGCCGACAGCACUGUCCCUACCCUUGUUCUGGCAGAGUCCCUGCCGGGACCCACCAACAAACAGGACCAGGUAGAGCAAUUUCUAGCCCGGCACAGGGGGCCAGGCCUGCAGCACGUAGGACUGUACACUCCCAACAUCAUGGAAGCUUCUGAAGGGAUGAUGAAGGCGGGAGGCCGCUUCCUGACCCCUCCUGAAGCCUACUACCAGCAGCCUGGCAAAGAGGAACAAAUCAUAGCUGCAGGGCACAAGCCCAGCCUUCUAGAAAGGCAGGGAAUUCUACUAGAUGGCAAUAAAGAUAUGUUUUUGCUUCAGGUCUUCACCAAGUCCCUCUUCACUGAGGACACCUUCUUUCUGGAGCUGAUUCAGAGACAGGGGGCCACAGGCUUUGGCCAGAACAACAUCCGGGCACUAUGGCAGUCGGUGCAAGAGGAAACUGCCAGGGCCCAGGGAGCCUAACCCGGGCUACAUGUGGGAGUUGCCACUAGUCCUAGGUUCUGGGAGUGACACACCUCAGAGCACCACACCUCCACAGGAUCACACCUCAGAUAAAGGCCAUCUGUGCCCUCAGGGCCAGGUGCAAGUCUUCAUUCUAACCAGUACCUGCCAAUUCUAGAGUCUCUUGUUAGACUCCAAAGAGUUGGGAUUUAAAACAACCCCUAAAAUGUCUAACGCAUUUAGGUAAUAUAAAGAAUAAAGAAAUGAGAUUGUAAGACACAACACCACUCUGGAGUCUUUGUGUUUUCUGUGUUUCCUUCCCAUCAACUCUUCGGGUCUUAUGAUUAUUAAACCUUGUGCUUUCUGAAGUUUCAUUGUGAAAUGUACCCUGAAUAAAAAGGAAUUCAAUACAAACCCUCCUGUGUUGAUCUCACUAGGGAGCAACAGCUGCAGGUGCAGACAGGACUAGGUCAGGGUUAGCCCAACCACCUGCUCUAAGAUGAUGCUGCAGCUGCAAUCAGAGCUUACCUGAGACCCAGACUGGGAGCAUUGGAUGUCAGCCACAGACAGGUGCUCCCUGCAGCUGCCCUCACUCU